AUCGAGCUAAAUUGACUUGCCUUUGCCAGGCUAGAAGUUCUUUGAAGAAGCUGCGGGAAGACUUAAGUAGUAAACUUGAGAACAGACAAGGAGAUAAACAGCACGCACAGGUCGUGCUGGAAAAGCAGAACGGGAGCUGGCUGUACCCCGAGAGGCUGCAUGCCGAUUCCUGGGAGGAGCAGGAGGAGGACUGCUCAGGUGAAGACGUGGAGAAGAUCCGACAGACAGCGAAGCGGCUGUUCACAAAGCUGCAGGAGGCUGAAAAGCGCCAUCAGUUGGAAAAGAAAGCCUUUGAGAGGACGGUCUCGCAGUACCAGGAGGAAGUGGAGCAGACGGGCUCUGCCCUGCGGAGAGCAGAGAAGAGCGUGGUGGAGAAGGAGGUGCAGGUGGAGGAGCUGCAGAGACUCCUGGCAGGGAUGGAGAAGGAGCACAGGAGCUUGCUGCUGAAGAUGAAAGAAGGCGAAGCAGAGCUGGCGAGGCUGAGAAGCGUGGAAGGUGACAAGCUCGCCGAACAAGACCGGUCGGCCCAGCUGGAGAAGGAGGUGGCCAUGCUGCGGGAGAAGAUACACCAUCUGGACGACAUGCUGAAAAGCCAGCAGCGCAAAGUCCGCCAGAUGAUCGAGCAGCUCCAGAACUCCAAAACGGUGAUUCAGGCCAAAGAUGCCGUGAUCCAGGAGCUCAAGGAGAGAGUCGCUUACUUGGAGGCUGAGAACCUGGAGAUGCACGACCGCAUAGAGCACUUGAUCGAGAAGCAAGUCAGUCGGGGCGGCCACAGCUCCAGAGCGCGCUCGAAGUCUGAGUAUGUGAGCAGCAAAAGGCUGACGGGCCCCAAGCCGCUGCCUCUCAUUCGAGUAGUGGAAACAUGA